AUGGAAGCUGAAGACGACGAAUUCGAAACCGCCUACAACGCCACCUCUUCGCCGCCGCGGAGGCCGAGGUCCAUCUGCGGCAACUGCAACCGGCCCGGCCCAGUCUGCCUCUGCCAGUCUCUCCCGGCCCAGCCCAUCCCAACCCAAACGCAAAUCAUAAUCCUCCACCAUCCUCACGAGGCGCAGCACAAGCUGUCCACCACGCCGGUCCUGACAAAAUGCCUGGCCAACUCCACCGCCAUCGUCAGCCGCCGCCUCAAGCCGGGCCUGUCCCCGCUCCUCGACCAAUCACCUUCCGCCAUCUACCUCUUCCCGCCCUCGAAAUCCUCGCCGUCCGUCAGCUUAUCCCGUCUCCGGAUCCCCAGCCAGUCGCCGGUGGUGGUCGUAGCUUUCGACGCGACGUGGAAGCACGCGAAGGAGAUGGUGAGGGCGAGCGAGGGGUUCCUGUCGAAAUUCGCGAGGCGGGUGAGUUUGGAUGUGGAUGAGGAUGUGAGGGGAGGGAGCAUCUACGACUCGGAGUUGAUUCUGAGGCAGGAGCCGUUUGGUGGGUGCGUGAGUACCAUGGAGGCCGUGGCCAGGGCUCUGAGAGUGCUCGAGCCCAAUGGGCUGGAGAUUGAGAGCAAGCUUAUUCGGGUUUUGAGGGACAUGGUGGCGCUGCAGGCGGGUUUUCUUAAGCCCGUGAAGCACAGGCCCAAGUUGUUGAAGAAAGGGAAGGAGGAACAGAGGCCCAAGAAUGAGACUCACUCUCAUGAGAGUUCCCUGAUAGUUGGUGAAGGUCAGUCACUCAGCUUUGGGUGAUUAUCAAUUUUGUAUCUUUUUUUUUUUUCUUCUCCUAAGGAGUGAGUCCAUUAGGCUAAGUUCUGAAGACGGGUGAAUUAGUGAUGAUUAGAAUAGGUUUUUAGCUAAGUAAUGGCUACCGUGCCUAUGAUGAUUCCGUGUUUUUCUG